AUGAGCAAUAAUACAAAAGCAGAUCUCUGCGGGCUUCUUAUUUAUGGAGCUUUCUUCGUUCUCUUAUUUCACUACUCAUAUAGCGUUGAAAAAGAUAAUGUUUGCACAGCCAAUGAUUCUUAAAAUAUUGCAUCUCCUAAGGCCGGUGAUGUUAUUGUUUCUGAAAGAUUCUAAACUGUACUUUUAAUGUAUACCUGGGCAAUUUUCAUUGGAAUUAUAAGAGAGUUCCUCAGAGUUGCUGACAAGAAACUCAAGAGUGACAUUGUCAAAUAAAUCAGAAGCAUCCUUAGUCUUGCUGACCUCGUCUAAUUCGCUGCUUUUAUCAUGAUGCACGUCUACAGACUCCAACACUCAGGAAAGAGGCAAAUUCCUCUGGGUUGA